GUGCCCCAUAUAAACCCACCUGGGCAGCACCCAGAAGGCUUGUGGUGGCUGGGAGAGAUGGGGCUGCUUGUGGGGCAGCUGUGCUCUGACACUUUGAGGAUGAGGCUGCUGCUGCUCCUUUUGUUUGGUUUUUUGCUGUUCUUGGCCCCUAGUGCCUUAGGGGACUGGGACCUCUCAGAGAGCAUGACCUGCCUGCAGGACAGGCUGGAGCUGGAACUUCCCAGAGAGCUUGGCAAUUACACGUGGCAUGUGCAUGCAGUGGAUGUGAGCGGAGAAGAGAUGAUGUCCUGUGAGCACACUGUGGAUUAUGAGAAGCUGCUGCUCAGUGCCCUGCUGGUGAACUGCACUAGCUUGGAGCACGGACAGUACCAGCUGAGGCUGCUCCUGCUGCUGAACGACACCGUGGGAGAGGAGAGGAACGUCACCUACAGCGCUCAGUGCGGCGCUGCCCGCGGAGAUGAAAUCAUCGCUCCUCUCUUUGUUGGUGCAACGAACUGCACAAAGGAUUCCAUGGCAGUUACUUUCCCAGGACCAAGUCUCGGUGAUGAGCACCCGGUUCAGGCAGCUGCGUUGGCCGGGACUCUGACAAUUGAUGAUGGAAUCAGGGUGCACCAGCUGAGCCUCGAGGAAGCCAUGCAGCAUGGCUACAGCUUUCUGGUUGAUGGACACCACCUGGUAUUCCAGGCAGCCUUCACUGCCACUGGAGUUGUCUUCUACAAGCACAACCACAAGGUGCUCUACACUGCGGCACUGAAGCUCACGUAUGGCCCUCCUGAACGCAGACUGACUGUGGAGUCAAGAAUGCUUUGUGCUCCAGGUCCGGUGCUUUGUAACACAACACACAUGACUGUUGCCAUCCCGGCCUUCCCAGGGACCCUUAUGGCUGUGGCUGUAGAGGAUGAGACCAUCCCAAUGGACCAGCUCCAGGACAAAGGCAUUACUCUCAACACAACAGGAGGAGUCAACCUGCUUGUCAGCAGGGGAGUCCUGAAGUCUGCACUAUAUGGGGAGAGCUGCCCCGGAGUUCAGUCCUACCUGUCCUCUUUGAAACUGACUUUUCAUUUCCACGGGGAGACUGUGGCAAUGGUGAUGCACCCGGAGUGCCCCUGUGACCAGCACACACCAAUAGCUGCUGUAUGCACCCAGGAUGGGUACAUGGAUUUUGAAGUCCUUGCUGGCAGUACUACACCUCCACUAGCCCUGGACACACUCAGGCUCAGAGAUCCCAUGUGCGAACCUGCCUCCAGGUCCCCCUUGAAUGACAGGGCCUGGUUUCAUGUCCCACUGAGCGGGUGUGGGACCAGGUACUGGUUUGAAGGAGAGAAGAUAAUGUAUGAGAACGAGGUGAGAGCGCUGCGCUCUGACCGUGUGCUGCACAGGAUCUCAAGGGACAGUGAGUUCAGGUUAACAGUGCUAUGCUCCUUCAGCAAUGGUGAUGCCUCUGUCUCUGUAAGGGUUGACAACCCUCCCCCCCUGGCUGCUUCCAUGAACCAAGGCCCCCUCUCUUUAAUUCUUCUAAGCUACCCAGAGGACUCAUACAGGCAGCCGUACCGUGACGACCAGUACCCCAUAGUGAGGUACCUACAGCAGCCCAUCUUCAUGGAAGUGCAGGUCCUGAACCGCAACGACCCCAGCCUCCAUCUCCAGCUGGAUGACUGUUGGGCAACAGCAUCAGAAGAUCCGAGCUCGCUUCCGCAGUGGAAUAUUGUCGUUGAUGGGUGUGAGUAUGACCAGGACAGCUACAGGACUGUGUUCCAUCCUGUGGGCCGCGGUGCCAGCUACCCCAACUAUCGCCAAAGGCUGGAAGUGAAGGCUUUUGCUUUUGUGUCUGACAAAGCCCUCCCCGGCCUAGUGUACUUCCACUGCAGCGUCCUCCUCUGUAACCGUGUCCAGCCGGACUCCCCUCUGUGCACAGCCAGGUGCCCCAGGCCGCCUAGAAGCAAGCGAGGCAGCGGGAUGCCGGGCGCCAGCCCCACGGUGAGCCUGCAGGGUCCUGUGCUCCUGGUGCCCCACGGAUGGGCGGCGGCGCGAGGGGAUGCUCUGCUGAGCCGGGCGGCUUGGGCUGCGGUGACUGCGGCUGCUGUUGGUGUUCUCUCUCUGGUGGCCGCGAUGCUGUUAUCUAUGGCUCUUCUUAAGUGCCUGAAAAGAAGAGCCUUGAUGGUAAAUGUGGAAUAUUAAUGCAUUUGUUAACAAACUUGGAUUAAAAAUGUGGCUUUUCAGGUAA